CGCGUGCUUGACUCUGGCGCUCCGGGGCUCGGGCAGAGAGGAGGAAGUCUCCGCGCCGUCACAUACUCUUAACUACCGUCGAUGUCCCGACCUGUCGCUCUGCGCCCUGGAUAAAACGAUGCUCGCCAGGCGGGAUGUGAGCCAGACACUGCUGUCGGAGGAGGCGAGCAGCGUGGCGAGGUAACCACUCAGCCAUUUCUGCGGAGUUGGGCUUCUCUCCACACAGCAUACCUGCGGCAAGUAGAAACCUACCUGCGAGGGUCGUCGAGGUGGGGCUGGCCAGCUGUCAUUGAUGACCAGACGUUCUUCUGCCCACGAUGGAGUCCAAGAAGCGGAGCAAGCUGGCCUUUUUCCGGAAGAAAAUUCUCCCACAUCUCCACCGGGGCAAGACAAGUCCAACCAAGCAUACCCUCCAACCCAAUUCCUUCGUGGACAAUCGAAUGAGCACCUCCGUUCCGGAUAUAAGGAUCAUGAGGCAGGAGCCUGAUCGCGUUGCCUCCAGGACGCAGGCCCAUCUUUACAGCUCUUCAAGCCACAACAGUGUCUCCACACUACUUGACAGGGAGGGAGUUGGGAGUGGCCUGCAAGUACCAGGUGCAGGAACUAAAAAGAGUGAACACAGACGGAGCAUGCCAGCAGACUGCACAGACUGGACUUUCUCCCAGGAGGUGGUCAGUGGUUUCUGCGGAGAAGAGAGGAGCUCAAUGGAGACGCAACAAGGAAACGUUUCAGGCAUGGAGCCUGAAGAGCUGGCCCUGCCAGAGAUCAUGACCGUCUACAACCCAGACACCCCGACAGAAGAGCUCUCACCAGACAACACACAGGCUGCGAUGGGCAACGAGACUGAAUCUCCGUUGGACAACGUCCAAGGCGUCCCGCGGUCCUACUUGCUCACCAUCUACCUAAAGGAAGGACACAACCUGGUCAUCAGAGACCGCUGUGGCACCAGUGACCCGUAUGUAAAGUUCAAGUUUUUUGGAAAAAGUAUCUAUAAAAGCAAAGUGAUUCAUAAAAAUCUGAAUCCUACAUGGAAUGAGUCCUUCACUGUACCAGUAAAGGAUCUGAAUCAGAAGAUCUACCUCAAGGUGUUUGACAGCGAUCUGACUACAGACGACUUCAUGGGCUCUGCCUGGGUUCUCCUGAGUGAUUUGGAAAUAGAUAAGGUCAACGAGCUCUCUCUCCCGCUGAAUGACCCCAACACCCUGGAUGAAGACAUGGGCUACCUGCUGGUAGACAUGACGCUGUCUCUCAGAAGCGGAAGCGCCAAGAAAGGCAUUAAGUGGCCACGAAAACGAAGUAGGGGAGGGGCUUCCCUGAACUCUCGUUUGUCAGAUUCGCUGAAGAAGAGUCAGCUCUGGACGUCCACUUUGUCAGUGACGCUGGUUGAAGGUCAGGGGUUAACUUUGGACAGUCUGACAGGUCAUCUGUUUGUUCGCUUCAAAUUGGGAGAGCAACAGUAUAAAAGCAAGAAUCACUGCAAAGUGGCCAAUCCCCAGUGGAGAGAAAGAUUCACCAUGAAACAGUUCCUGAAUGUGCCACAAGUCCUGGAGGUGGAGCUCUGGUCCAAAGAAUCUCGAAGAAACGAGGAGCGGAUUGGGAUAUGUGAAGUGGACCUCUCCCAGAUCCCUGUUAAUGAGCGGAAGGUUUUCAGUCUGACCGUGAGUCCUUGCAGAGGAACCUUGGUCUUCCUGGUCACACUAAAACCAUGCAGCGGCGUUACCAUCACCGACCUCAGUGCCGCACUGCUUGAUGAACCUCUUGAACGACAGAACCAGCUGGAAAACUAUCAUUGGAAACGAUCUCUAAAGAACCUCGGAGAUGUUGGUUUACUUCAAAUCAAAGUCAUCAAGGCCUCAGACCUGAUUGCUGCUGAUUUAAACGGAAAGAGUGACCCUUACUGCGUGUUAGAACUGGGCAAUGACAGACUGCAGACCCACACGGUCUAUAAGAACCUCAAUCCAGAGUGGAACCAAGUCUUCACACUGCCUGUCAAGGACAUUCAUGACGUUCUCAUGGUUUCUGUCUUCGAUGACGACGGUGACAAGGCGCCAGACUUUCUUGGAAAAGUUGCCAUUCCACUGCUCUCGAUCCACAACAGACAACGGCUUGUCUGCCUGCUGAAGAAGGAGGACUUGGCCAGACUGUCGAAGGGAAGCAUUACUCUAGAGCUGGAGGUUAUUUUUAACCCUGUCAAAGCAAGUAUAAGAACUUUCCAGCCCAAGGAGAGAGGCUACAUGGAGGAUAAUCUGAAAUUUUCCAAAAAGGCUCUGGCCAGGAAUGUGGCGCGUGUAAGGGCAAUUUACGCAGCCAUCACGUCUACUCUGCAGUACAUCAAAAGCUGCUUCCAGUGGGAGAGUGUUCAGAGGAGCCUGCUGGCCUUCCUGAUUUUUCUCGUCACGGUGUGGUACUGGGAUUUUUACAUGCUGCCCUUCUUCCUGGUUCUGCUCAUCACAUGGAACUACUUCCAGGUCUGCUCCGGCCGAGUCAGUCAGGACGUGGACAGCAUGGAUUUGGCAGAUGAGGACGAGGAUGAUGAAAAGGAGUCAGAGAGGAAAGGGCUCAUAGAUAAAAUCCACAUGGUCCAAGACAUCAUCAUCACGGUUCAGAACCUGCUGGAUGAGAUCGCCUGCCUGGGAGAGAGGAUUAAGAACACGUUUAACUGGUCUGUGCCAUUCCUGUCUUGCCUGGCUCUUGUGGUUUUUAUCAUCGCUGCAGUCAUCACAUACUUCAUCCCCAUUCGCUAUAUAAUCCUGAUAUGGGGUAUCAAUAAAUUCACCAAGAAGUUGCGGAACCCGUACAGCAUCAACAACAAUGAGGUGCUUGAUUUCCUGUCGAGGGUGCCUUCAGAUGUGCAGAAGGUUCAGUACAGCGAGCCCAAAGUUACUCGGAAGAAGAAGAUCCUGUAGAAAAGGUUGCAGAGGAGAGAUUAUUUACCUGGCUGGUCCUGAUGCUGCUGUUGAUGGGCAUCAUGCUUAAGCCCACCAUGUGGCAGACUGUAGAUCUGUCUGAGAAAAGGGCUCUCCUUUGUCUUGAUUACAGGUUGUUUCGUAUUUACGGAUCUCCCAGCUCAGAUGAGCCGGCGCUUCUCAACCAAAGAAGUCCUCACGAGGACUCAAUAGAUAUUAUGAAUGUGCCCAUUUGUGUAUUUCUAGAGCAGCUUAUGUUUGUCAAGAAUAUAUGUGUAUUAUUUUAUGUACAGUUCACUUUAACAAAAAAUAUUAAUAAGGGGCUGCUGUAUGUUGUGUUGUUGGUACAUUAUGACACUUUUACAGAUGGAAUAUUGUCCAUCUCAAGAAAACGAUGCAAUUUUUGGGAUGAAUGUAAAUGUCUUAAUCUGUUUUAGAAAAUAUUGAGUAAUUUUCUAAAUCAAAGUUUUUAUAUAGAAGAUAGGAGUUACUAUGUAUUAAAUUUCUCCUAUUCAAAACUGGAUUUAUGAUAUGUUUAAAUCACUAAGUUUAUUUAACUGUGUUAAUAUGAAUAUUUACAUGCAAAGAUAAGUGCCUGCAUUUAGUUUACAGUUCAUAUCAUGUAAAAUCAUUCUGUUUUGUUUUUUUUGUGCAUGUGCUGUAAGACCUUAUUUAUUAUUGACAACUACUCAUGAACACGUUGUGUCCUUUUGCUCAAAAAGCAAUAAAUGCAUGCAUUGAAACUA